AUGACCGAUCCAAGCCACUGGCUCCCCCUUACCACCUCUAACGUCAUUGCCGCCCAUGCCCGGAUAAAGCCCGACAUCCACGAAACCCCAAUCCUAACCAGUAAGACCCUCAACCGCAUCGCAUCCACACCACAGUCACCCGAAGCGCUCGCUGGCACGCCGUUCGAGGGCCAGCCGCCCGCGCAGCCGAAAAUAAAUUUCUUCUUCAAAUGCGAGAAUCUGCAGCGGAUAGGCGCCUUUAAGGCGCGCGGGGCGUUCCAUGCGCUACUGCGGGCUGUGCAGGUUUUGGGGGAGGAGGAGGUGAGGCGGCGCGGGGUGGUUACGCAUAGUUCUGGAAACCACGCGCAGGCGCUCGCCCUCGCCGCAUCCACCCUCUCCGUCCCCGCCUACAUCGUCAUGCCCUCCAUCUCCACCCCGUCCAAGAUCGAGGGCACCCGCGCCCACGGCGCAAAGGUGAUCUUCUCUGGCUCCACCAGCCAUGAGCGCGAAGCCGUCGUCGCCACCGUCAUCGCCGAGACGGGCGCCAUUCUCAUCCCGCCCUAUGACCACCCCGACGUAGUCCUGGGCCAGGGCACGGUAGCCCUAGAGCUCGAGAAGCAGGUGCGGGAGCUGGUAGAGAACGGCGGCGCGGGGCUGAGCGUGCAUGGCGGUAGGAGUGACACGACGACAAACGAGGGCGCGAGGAACGGCAGGCCCGGCGUUCUGGACGCGGUGAUCACGCCGCUUGGCGGCGCGGGGCUCACAGCCGGCGUGGCGACGUACUACGCUGAGCGGACGCCGAAGACGCUUGUGUUCGGGGCGGAGCCGUCGUUCCAGGGCGGCGACGACUGCCGGCGCGGGCUGGCAGCGGGGGCGCGGAUCACGAGCGUGAAGACGCUGACGAUCGCGGACGGGCUGCGCACGCCGGUUGGGGAGGUGGGGUGGGGGGUUGUUUCGGACAGGGAGAAGGUGCGGGGCGUGUAUGCGGUGGGCGAGGGGCAGAUUCGGGAUGCGAUGCGGCUUGUGUUGGAGAGGGUGAAGGUUGUGGUUGAGCCGUCGGCGGUGGUGGGGUUGGCGGUUUGUCUUUACGAUGAGGGGUUUCGGCGCAUGGUGGUGGAGGAGUGUGCGAGGCAGGGCAAGGAGGGGUGGGAUGUUGGGGUUGUGUUUUCGGGGGGGAAUACGACUGUGGAGAGAAUCGGGGAGUUGUUUAUGGACGGGAAAGAGAAGGAGGGAUAG